ACAGCUACUCUCAAAACAUCCAAAUAUCAACAAAAUGCCUUUUGAAAAACAGAGAAAAAAGUCAGCAUUUUCCAAGGGACAUGCAUACAUACCUGGUAGGAGAUAUGGAGAUCUCAAAGAAAAACACACUCUUCCAUGGAAAAGGCUCACAUAUGAGGACCAGGACUGCAUUGUUCAGCAGGAUAAAGAUGUACUGAGGACCCCAUUACUGGAUGGCACGGAUGGCCUAAAACUACUGAGGCCAAAGCCAAAAUCACCAGACCAUGAAAAUACUGACAAUGAUAUUUGCCAUGUUAUGAGUGUUAAAAAAGUUGAAGACCUGUUGUCUCAUGUAGUAAGGCAUACUAAUGAAAGCCCAAAAUGUCACAAUCCAGCCAUAAGAAUAUACACGCAAAAAUGGGGAGUUACGUGUACAUUAACGUAUGAGUGUACUCGCUGCGGUUUUCAAUCACAAAACUUCAAAAUGUAUAACAUCGUAAAGACUCAGAAAAGAGGACGAAAAGCAGCCGUGAAUAACAUUGGACUUCAUGCUGGCAUUAAUGAAUCAACAAUUGGCGUAAAAAAGGUACAGAUAGCAUUUGCGGCCUGUGGAAUUGAGCCUCCAAACACAAGUAGCAUGUACAAGACCUCAAACCAAGUAGGAUCAGCUAUUCUUACCGAGGCAAGGAGGGACAUAUUUGAGAAAAUAGAAUAUGUCAAAAAGUUGAAUAACCUUAAAGGCGAAAGCGAUACUAAUGCAGUAGAUAUUUCUAUUGAUGCAAUGUAUAAUUCAAAUCAAAUCGCAUCAAGAAAUAAAUACGGCCAGAGUGCUACACAAGCAUACACAACAGUUCGAGAGCACAACACGAAGAGAAACUUUAUAAUUGGUGCCCAUGUAGCAAACAAAUUAUGCUGGGUGGGAGCGUAUUUACGCGGAAAAGGGUAUGAAAAUGUCAAAUGUCCUGGUCAUUCUGGUUGUACGGCAAAUUAUGAUAGAGCAACACCACUUUCGGAACGUCACCUGGCUUAUAUGAUUGGAAGAAAUUUAUCGCACGAAGGCUUGAACCCUAAUUUGGUUAUCAGUGAUGGGGACUCUCAAUCCAUAAAUGGUCUCAAUGACGCGAUUCCUGAGAAUAAAAUGAUUGCACAAAAAGACCCUAUUCAUUCAGCCCAGUGCCAAUUUCGCGCAGUUCAGCGAGCAGAAUUUUCUAACGACAUGUUUGGUUUGAACACGCCAAAUAUAUCGGUAGGCCAAACUAUGGAGACUGCACCGACACAGGAUGUUGCAGAUGGAUUCCUGUCGGACGAUGAGUCCCAGGAAGAAGUCUGGGGUAGAUUUUUUCCGCUUGGGACGAGCUUCUAUGCAUUGGAUUUUACAAAGGAUCAGUAUACAUUUGGAAGAGGGGACACGUGCGACUAUCCAUUUAAUACAGCAGCAAUGAAACAGCAUAAAUGUUUCCAAGCCUACAGCAAAGUUCACUUCACUAUAUUUAGGGAAAACACGUCUACAGGAAUGCAUGUCUUUCUAGAAGACAGAUCAAGUAAUGGAACUUUUAUUAAUGGGGAAAAAGUUGGCAAGAACAACAGACAAGCUUUAAACAACAACGACGAGGUAGCACUAUCUAUAAAGAAGAACAAAGCUUUUGUGUUCAUGGAUGUUACGCAAGGGGAAGAUAUGAGUCUCCCGCCAGAGAUUAGGGAAAAAUAUACAAUGUCAAAAACACUUGGAAGGGGAGCUUGUGGAGAGGUGAAACUAGCCUUUGAGAAAGGAUCUUGUAAAAAGUUUGCAGUAAAAAUUAUAUCCAAGAAAAAGUUUACAAUAGGUGGAAACCAUCACGUGAAUUUAGCCAACCAAGUCAUGACUGAGGUGAAAAUAUUAAAAUCACUUAAACAUGCUUGCAUAAUUGCCAUAGAAGAUGUUAUAGACACCCAAGAUACGCUGUUUAUUGUACUUGAACUAGUUGAAGGUGGUGAGUUGUUUGACAGAGUCACGAGUCUUGGCCAAAUAAAAGAGCCCACAGCCAAACUGCUCUUCUAUCAAAUGGUGCUAGCAAUAAAGUAUCUUCAUGACCAAGACAUAACACAUAGGGACUUAAAGCCAGAGAAUAUUCUUCUGGCAUGUGACGGUGAUGAGACCUUAGUAAAGGUUACCGAUUUUGGUCUCUCUAAGUUUGUUGACGCAAAUACCAUGAUGAAGACAUUCUGCGGGACACCUAAUUAUCUGGCCCCUGAGAUAUUAAAGACUGCUGGGAUGGGCAAGUACAACAACAAAGUGGACUGCUGGGCACUUGGAGUCAUUUUGUUUAUCAUGCUGGCUGGGUAUCCCCCAUUCACUGAGGAACGCAAGGAUAUGGAUCUCCCUAAGCAGAUAAUGGGAGGACAUUAUGACUUCCCAAAAGUUCAUUGGAAGGGCAUCUCAAACACAGCCAUUGAUCUGAUUAAGCAGCUGAUGAAGGUCAAGCCUGCAGACAGGAUCUCAAUGGAGAAGGCUUUGGAACACCCAUGGCUGAAGGACAAUGAAAUGAAGAACAAAGCUGAUGCUAUUAUAAAGGCAGCUAAUGCACAGAGAGGAGAGAUGCCACCACCAGCCGUUAAUGCAGUAAGUCCUAGGAAGAGAAGCGCCUCCGCUAGUAAUGGUUCAGAAGAAAAUGAUACCAAGAGAAAGUCCCUAAAAACGCCACCUAUAGAAGACUCAUAA